ACCUUCCCAUCCUCCCCCCACCCAUCGUGGCUGCCUGUCAAGGCCAAGUUCACGCCUUCGACUCUCAGGACCUCGUCAACGUCUACAUCCCAGAUGGCCCUGAGACUAUCAUCCUCACCUGCGAGCAGCAGCCGUGCCCCAAUCGGACACCCCGAUCGAUCAAACAAGACUACCCACGCUACAAGGUUUUGUGAUAGAUCAGAAGGGCCCAACAUCCGCUCAGCCCCCGCAGUACCCACGCAUCUCAAUCUGCCUUGCGGCACUCUCACCCUGUCUCCCCUAGCUCCUGCCUUCCCCAAACUGUCACGAGUUGACACGGCGUCUAGCCUCGCUGCUUGCUCCAUCCGGCCUGUCUCCCUGGCACUGCACGUUUCAGGGCAUCGGGAUAACUUUAGGGAGCCUUCCUCCCAAUUGAUUUCGGGGGGAAAACCUAAAAGCGGGGGGCGUCCGACUAAUUCUCACCGAAGUGAUGGUGAGCGAUGCUCAAACCUAAGGCUAGGGACAAUAGAUAAUGAUGUGUCCAUAUCAGGCAUGUAG